GAUUGUUUAAAAGAGGUACUGGAGAUUGUGGAGCUGGGCAUUUCGGGAAGUAAAUCCAAAAACAGUGAACAAGAAGUCAAAUACAAAGGAGAUAAGGAGCCAAACCCUGCAUCUAUGAGAGUGAAGGAUGCUGCUGAAGCUACACUAACAUGCAUUAUGCAGUUACUUGGAGCAUUUCCUUCUCCCAGUGGCCCUGCUUCUCCUUGUAGCUUGGUGAAUGAAAACACAUUAAUUAAAUAUUCUCGUCUACCUACCAUAAACAAGCAUAGCUUCCGUUACUUUGUUUUGGAUAAUAGUGUCAUCCUGGCGAUGUUGGAGCAGCCUCUAGGGAAUGAACAGAAUGUCUCUUUCCCAUCUGUCACGGUUUUGAUCCGUGGGACAUCUGGAAGAUUUGCAUGGGCCCAGCAACUCUGUCUUUUACCAAGAGGAGCUAAAGCAAAUCAAAAGACUUUUGUACCAGAACCUCGACCAGCUCCUAAAAAUGAUGUUGGAUUGAAAUACAGUGUGAAGCACCGCCCCUUUCCUGAAGAAGUGGAUAAGAUCCCAUUUGUGAAAGCUGACUUGAGCAUUCCUGAUUUACAUGAAAUUGUGAAUGAAGAGCUUGAAGAGCGACACGAGAAGCUGAGGAAUGGCAUGGCCCAGCAGAUUAUUUUUGAGACUUCCAUAGAUCAGAAGAGUGAAGAGGAGUGGCGGAAGAAGAGCUUUCCUGAUCCGAUCACGGAGUGUAAGCCCCCACCACCGGCACAGGAGUUCCAGACAGCACGCCUGUUCCUCUCUCACUUCGGGUUUCUCUCACUAGAGGCACUCAAGGAACCUGCUAACAGUCGUCUACCUCCUCACCUGAUUGCACUUGACUCUGCUCUUCCUGGGUUCUUUGAUGACCUUGGCUACUUGGAUUUACUACCCUGUCGACCUUUUGAUACUGUUUUCAUAUUCUACAUGAAGGCAGGCCAGAAAACAAGCCAGGAGAUCCUGAAGAACAUGGAGUCUUCCAAAAUUGUUCAGCCACACUUCCUGGAGUUCUUGCUGUCUCUUGGCUGGUCCGUUGAUGUGGGGAAGCACCCUGGGUGGACUGGACAUGUCUCAACAAGCUGGUCAAUCAAUAGCUGCAGUGAUGAAGAGGGGCCUGAACAAGAUGAUCUGAUUAUUUCGGAAGACGUUGGGGCAAGUAUCUUCAAUGGGCAGAAGAAGGUGCUGUAUUACGCGGAUGCCCUGACAGAAAUAGCUUUUGUUGUCCCAUCACCAGUGGAGUCCCUAAUUGAUUCGCUGGAAAGCAAUGUUUCUGACCAAGAAGGCGACUCCAACAUGGAUCUGCUGCCAGGAAUAUUGAAGCAGCCGUCUCUGACACUUGAACUCUUCCCCAAUCAUACAGACAAUCUUAAUCCCUCCCAGAGGCUCAGUCCUACUUCCAGAUCCAAGAGGGUGCUUCAGGGCCGGACCAUUCCACCAAUGGGACCUGAAACCAAAGUGUAUGUGGUCUGGGUGGAACGUUAUGACGAUAUAGAAAACUUUCCCCUCCCUGAUCUGUUGUCUGAGACUAGCACUGGUGUGGAGACUACAGCCAAUAGUAGCACUUCCCUAAGAUCUACCAUUCCUGAGAAGGAAGUCCCUGUGAUCUUCAUCCAUCCUUUAAACACUGGCUUAUUCAGGAUAAAACUACAAGGAGCAACUGGGAAGUUCAAUAUGGUUAUCCCGCUGGUGGAUGGGAUGAUAGUCAGUAGGAGAGCUCUUGGUUUCUUAGUGAGGCAGACGGUAAUAAAUAUUUGUCGGAGAAAGAGGCUGGAAAGUGAUUCAUACAACCCCCCCCAUGUCCGCCGAAAACAGAAAAUAGCAGACAUUGUCAAUAAAUACCGGAACAGGCAGCUGGAGCCAGAAUUUUAUACCUCACUUUUCCAGGAGGUUGGGCUCAAGAACUGCAACCCUUAGGUCAUUAUCUUUCCAGGACAAUUAGAUCAGAGCUUGGUGGCUACAGUAAUGAAUACCAUUAAAUAACAACUACAAAUUUCUUCAGCCCUCCGGAAUUCAGGAAAUGAUAUUCUAGCACAAGUCAGCAGAUACCAUGUGGGAGGAAUGAGAAAUUAAUCCAAAACCUUGCAGUUGGGACAGUGACUUAAGUCACCUACCCUCAAAAGAUGGAUUACUUCCAGUCUUCCUGCAUGCUAGCAACAGAUCUCCCUUCA